CAAAAUAAUUAUAAUGGGCCUCCGAUAGAAAUUGAGCCCAAAAUUAAAAAAGAGCUGUCCCGAUAGACAAAAGGCUACUCCCAAAUACUUUCAGAACCAAAAUCCAAAAGGGGAAAAGAUGAUCGGAGAAGUGGAGAAGAUGGUAACAGUAGGCCUUGUUUGGGGAGCAACAAAUGCUCUAAUGCGAAAAGGAGCAAUCAAAUGGGACGAAACCAUCAAAUCUUUACCUCAACCAAACACACCACAACAUCCAGUAAUAACCAAUCUACGAAAUUGGCUCAAACUUCUAUUGAUUUGGCAAUAUUCAUUGCCAUUUCUUAUAAAUCUGUCAGCAUCAGCUACUUUCUUUGCGAUUCUAAGUGAUACACCAAUUUCUUUAGCUGUUCCUGUUACGAAUGCCACAACUUUUGCUGCUACUGCUGUUUUUGGAUUGAUUCUUGGUGAAGAAACUCGUGUUCGUCUUGCUCUUUUUGGUACUUCUCUUAUUGUUCUUGGUGUUUAUAUUUGUAUUAUGUAAUCUUCCUCAAAUAAAUAGAUCUACCUGGAUCUCA